AUGCUGGCAUCUGAGGCCAUAUUGUCUUACUGUUCAUUCCUCGUUGAGAUUGGAUAUUUACGCUUUAUUGAGGAGAAGAGGGUUGACGCAAAGGUCAUCCAUUGCUAUCUUUCGGGAGGUGGUGUAGGUGGAAAAAAGUAUCAAGUAUCCUUCCUUCCUUCCUCUCUCCUAUCUAUUUAUCUAUCUAUCUAUCUAUCUAUCUAUCUAUCUAUCUAUCUAUCUAUCUCAGGCCGUUUAUUAUCUAUCUAUCUGAAAUGCCUACCAAACAUUUCCUCGUCCUCUCUAUCUUUUUCUGUCUCCCUAUCUCCUUGUCUCCUUUUCUUUCUGUCACUAUCUCUCUUUCUGUAUCUGACACUCUCUUUGACUCGUUCUUCUUUCCCUCUCUGUCUCUCUUUUUAUGACUAUUUCUUUCUUUAUUUUUCUUUCUUUCUUUCUAUUCUUCCUUUCACUUGCUUUGUUUUUCUUUCUUUGUCUUUAUAUCCUUUUGUCUCUAUUAGUUUCUUUGUCGCUUUUGUCUCUGCCCAUUUCUCUCUAUCCCUCUAUAUCUCUCUUUUAUCUAUCUAUCUUUUUUCUAUCUUCCUCUUUGUUUUUCUCUCUGCUUCUCUUCGUUUUUCUUCCCUUUCUUCUUCUUCUUCUUCUUCUUCUUCUUCACAAUAUCUGGUUUUCAGCUCGUAUUUCUUAUUCCUCUCUCUAGAUAAUAGCUUCUCUCUCUCUCUCUCUCUCUCUUUGCCAAUUUUUCCUCCCUUAUUUCAUCCCCUCUAG